CAAUCCGGAGCUGAUCACACUGCACAAGGGAAGCAGACGCACUGAGAAGACGGAGAGCAAGACCCAAGAUGCCGCUGCCUCCUCCUCGUUUUGGUCUCAUCGUUGUUUGUUCCAAUCUUCCAGUUCCUCUCAAGGGGAUCUCUGUUGACGUCCAGGUGAAAGGCUUUGUGGCUGAUGUGUCUGCUACGCUCCAGUACAAGAAUGAGGAGGAGAAGGCUGUGGAGGCCAUCUUUGUAUUCCCCAUGGAUGAAGACUCAGCUGUCUACAGCUUUGAGGCCAAAGUAGAGGGAAAGACCAUUGUAGCCGAUCUCCAGGAGAAGAAACAGGCUCAUAAGACCUACGAUGAGGCCAUCAGCCAAGGCCAGCAGGCUUUUCUUCUGGAAGAAGACGAGAGCUCUGCUGAUGUUUUCCGCUGCAAUGUUGGGAACCUGCCACCUGGUCAGGAGGCUGAAGUGACAUUAAAAUAUGUGCGGGAGCUUCCAGUCGAGGCUGACGGCGCUGUCCGAUUUGUGCUUCCUGCUGUCCUCAACCCCAGAUAUACCCCAAAAGACCAACCUGGGAGUGUGACUGCCACACGCCCACAGGUGCCUAUAGGAGAGAUCCCAUACACCCUGAGUCUGAGCGCACAUUUCCAGUCUGCAUUCGGCAUUGUCAAGAUAGUAUCCAACUGUGAUAUCAACCCUGUGGAGUACACUAAUGAGGACAAGACCGCAGCCAAGGUAUCGCUGGCUGAGGGACACAAGUUUGAGAGAGACGUGGAGCUCCUUGCUUAUUACUCAGAGGUGAACAAACCGAGUGUGACUGUGGAGGCUGGGACAGUACCUGCUGAUGCUGCUAAGGAGCCAAAGUCAUCAGUUUUCCACAAGUUAUGGACUCUAGUUCAGCAAAAAUUCAGCUCAAAACCUCACGUUAGACUUGGGUCUUUGAUGACCGAGUCUGUUGCCAUGUUGAACUUCUAUCCCAGUUUCCCAGCCGUGCAGACAAACUGUGGAGAAUUUAUCUUUGUGGUGGACCGGUCCGGCAGUAUGGAGUGUGCAAUGAAUUCAGAGCCAAAUUCUCUACAACGUAUUGACAGCGCGAAGGAGACCCUCGUCCUUCUAUUGAAGAGUUUGCCUCUUGGGUGUUACUUUAAUAUCUUUGGAUUUGGUUCCCACUUUGAGUCUUUCUUCACGGAGAGUAAGGAGUAUACACAGCAAUCCAUGGAAGAAGCUGUUAAGAAGGUCAAUGAGAUGAAAGCCAACUUUGGAGGAACAGAAAUCUUGAGCCCUUUGAAGAAAAUCUAUGAUACCGCUGGGAGGCCAGACCACCCAAGACAGCUUUUUCUCUUCACGGAUGGAGAGGUCGGGAACACAAAAGAAGUGAUUGAUGAAGUCCAGAAAAAUUCUCAUAAUCACAGAUGCUUCACAUUUGGGAUCGGUGAGGGCGCCUCCACAUCCCUCAUCAAAGGUAUGGCCCGAGCAGGUAGUGGAACAUUUGAGUUCAUCAUCGGCAAAGAAAGAAUGCAAACCAAGGUUCUUCGGGCUCUAAAAUGUUCCUUACAGCCCACUGUGAAGAAUGUCUCCCUGACUUGGUCUCUUCCCUCUGGCAUGGAAGCCAUUGUUCUGUCUAAGGUCCCCACUGCCAUCUUCCAGGGACAAAGGUCUAUUGUGUAUGCCCAACUGAAAGGAAAGGUGGAGACUGAAGCGGAGGGUGAGGUUUGCCUGCAGUACAACUUUAAGGAUGAGCUUUUGAAGAACACCAUUCGUUUCCCUCUUAAAGUGGAGAAAGCUGAAAGACCCACCAUCCAUAGACUGGCAGCCAAGUCUCUGAUCUCUGAGCUGGAAUGUGGAAAGGACUCUAGAUCCGAGGAUGGGAAGAAGAGGAUCCUGGAGAUCAGUCUAGAGUCUGGAGUCAUCUCCUCGCUUACUGCCUUUGUUGCUGUUAAUAAAGACACCAAGACUCCAGUGAAAAGUCCUCCAGUGCGAAGGGACAUCCCUGCUCCAGGCUUAAUGCGUGGUGUGAGGUCAAGGUCACUAAUGGCUAGUGGUGGACCAUUACUUAUGAGCGGUCAUAGUAUUCCUCAGCGAAGACUAGCACUUCCCAAGAUGAAGAUACCCCUAUAUAUAAGUGCCCGUUGUUACACAGCACCAACGGCAUGUUAUGGUCCUCCGCCUUUAUCUCAAGAGACUCGUCGGCCAAACAUAUCCUACGGGCUCGCAGGAACUGACCCACUGGUUAGUACCCAGAUGGCCAGUCGCAUCCACCUGGAAAACCACGUCCGAAAACUCAACAUUCGUACGGGCCACCUUAAAGAUUCUGAUCCCGUCUCAGCUAAAUACAUGGAUAUGUCACCACCACCAGCUCAAGUCCUGAAGAUCCCCCCUUUCGUCAGUUUGGUUUCCCUGCAAAACGCUGAUGGUUCCUGGAAUCUUACCCAAGAAUUCUGCUACAUUCUGGGAAUAUCAGCGCAGGACAUUAUUAACAAGAAUCCAGAUCAGAAUAUGGACUCAUCAGUGUGGGCGACGGUCUUGGCGGUGAUCUGGCUCCAUGCAUCUUGUCUGGACCAGAGAGAGGAAUUGGAAUUACUGGAAGGUAAAGCCAUCUCCUGGCUUAAGGCUAAAGCAGGUUCCUCCUUGGAUCAGUUGGUCAGAGCUGGAAAUGAUCUGCUGAAAUCCUCUGUGAAUCCUAAUGUGUUUGGCCUGUGAGAGGAAGAAUGAAGAUGGCAGAGGUCUUCGGGUACGACCACACGGUCAGGUCUCUGCAUGAAAUUUUGGAAGCCAAAAUCAGGAGCGGAUCAUAAAAGGAGAGAAAAUAUAAAGGAGAAAUAGAACUUCUCCUGUUUUUUUUUUUAACUCACUUCUGGUUUGGGCUUCCAAAACUGCAAGCAGAAACCUGACUGUGUGGUUGUACCCUUCUAAGGAAUACUGCCGCCCUCCAGAAUUGUACUGCUUCUCACCUUUACUUUGGAAUCAAUUUUCAUAAUAAAAUUUCUGUGCCUUAUUACUCUAGAAAUUAGAUACAAGCCAAAGAUGCAAAUGAUAAGUCUAGAGAAUCAUCUUCUAGUUAUAUUCUCAUUACACAGACCUAUUUUUUUAGAAUUUACAGAGCAGCUCCACUGAAAUAUAUGCAUACAUGGAGAGAGGCCUUAGGGGUGUACUGACACUUGGGAAGGUAGUAGUGCAGAAGAAAACCAAUCUACAAUGCCACCCUAAAAACUGGAUUAUUUCUUACCACACUCAAUCAAUAGAUACCAAUCAAUAGUAAAUGUGAAUAUAAUACAUUUUGUAAUGCAUUUCAUUAGAGAAAUGAUGCCUCAUUCAACACUUUUCAGCAUUUUCUCUCCCUCUCCUCCCAAAUAAACAUUCUUUGCUAAAUCCACCCUGAGAGACUGAUAAGGACUGUCAGCUCACUGAAGGAUCAGAUUAUAGCUGCCAAUAGAAGUCUAUGGCGAGGGAAGGAGGCGUGAAAUACUAGAGGGAAAAAGCAACAUUUUUUUUUCUGAAAGAUACAUCACAAGGUUUCCUAUAUUAACCUGUAAUAUUGAUGUAUACAACGUUUGUUAAAAGAUUAGUUGUCCAAGAUUGGAAAAACAUCCAAAAGCAGAACCACAUCUCUCCAUUCACCUUAGUAGAACUGGGCUGCUGUGGGUAGUGUGUUUGGAAGAAAGCAGCCAUGUGUUUCUAAUCCUGGACAAUCAAAUUACAGUUUUUUCCUCCAUGACCUUGUAUUUAAAUCAAGAUCUGUUGAUGGAAGGUUGCAUGUGUCCUUCACCCAGGCCAGGAGAUCUUUGUUCAUCUUUCUUGGUUGGUGGUAUAAGUCAGAAUCUCUCAGGGCAGCCAAUAAGUUGUCCUUCUUUGGCUUUGCAGACACCCUGGGGGAAGGGGUUACAACAUGGUUGCUCUACAAUAUGGUGCAUAAAACGUGUGAAUAUUUUUGGAGAUGGGUGGAAUUACUCUUUACUAAAAUCUGUUUAUAACUGAUCUUUCAAAAAUGGGUCAACAACAGUCAAAAGAAAACAUCUGAGGAGAGUCCCCAUUCAGAUCAGUGUAUUCUGUAGGGUAUUACUGCUGAGUAUUGUUGACCCUGUCUAUAUUCCCAUUAUCCAGUUAUGCAUUUCUUGUAAUAGUUAAAAGUUGAUAAAAUGUUCUAAUCCAUUGUUACAGCU